AUGUCCAUGUCCGACUCCGCAGGCUGCCGCAUCCUCGCCGUCUCGCCGUCCGCCGCGCGCGCGCACCAGUUCGUGCAACGUGUCCAGGCGCUCUCCGCCGCGCUCGCCCGCACCGGCUCCUUCGGUGACGGCAAAGGCAAGGAGACUGAGGCCGAGGCAGACGCGGCACCGACGGGACGGGAGCAGACGUCGGUCUCCACCUCGCCCGACCCGCUCGCGGCGGGCAGCAGCACGAGCAUCCCGUGGACGAUCGCGAACCGGUACUACACCGCGGAGGUGCACUUCGAGACGCACGACGUCGACCGGUUCCGGGCGCUGCACGCGGUCGGCGUCCCCGCCGUCAUCUACGUAUGGGGCGCCAGCGAGCCGUACAGAGAGCACAUCCCGGCCAUUGCGAACAAGAUCCGGGCCUACGACCCCGAGGUCGCGCUCGCCGUCCGCUUUGGCGUCGGCGAUGCGGCGGACCCGCCACCGGGCACGAACGAGGACGAGGACGGGCUGGACGAGUUCAUGUCGGAGCACGGCUUCGAGUUCGUCGAGGGCGAGCGGGCGUGGCGGCGACCGACGCAGGACGAGGACCGGCACUCGGAUGACGAGGACUCAGGCAUCCCCGGCCUCCCGCGCGUGAUCGACGCGCUGAGCACGAUCAUGUGGCCCUCGCUAGUGCAGUCCGCGGCGACGCGCCAGCGCAAGUCGCGGGCGCGCGACCUCAUCGGCUGGGCUCUCGAGGAGGAGGCCGACGACGGCCUACGCGCGCUCAUCCCCGACGUGCCUCGCGCUCCCCCUGGCGUCGGUCCGGACCUGGACGAGGCGGUCGCGGCGGGCGCGGCGGGCGCGGCGAAGCGCAAGAGCCGGAUGCAGCGCGAGAUGGAGGAGCUCGAGCGGUGGCUGGAGGACGAGGAGGCGGGCGCGGGGCGCAAGUUCGGGCGAGACGAGAAGGCCAAGGCGCAAGAGAAUGAGCACGAGGAGCAGCAGCAGAGAAAGGAGGCCGCGGCGGACGAGGAGGCGCGGACGUGGGUCGCGACCGCGCCCGUGUCCGCUGCGGACGGCUGGGAAGACAUGCUCGCGCCCCCGUCCGCGGCGCACACCCCACGCGACGCGACGUUCCCCGACAUCCACCUCCCCGCGCCCUCCCCCCGCGUGGGCUCGGACGACGGCUCGGACGCGGAGACGGAGCACGGCUUCGACGACGACUUUGCCGACUUCGUCGCCGCGGGCCCCUACAUCCUACCCACGCACGACGCGGACCGCUUGCUCGAAGUCCGGUACGACGUCGGUCGGCUGACGCCGAUGCACACCGGGGCGUCGUACCGCUCGCUCGGGUCCGUGUCCGACUUCGGGGGGAACGACAGCAUGAGCGCCACGAGCGGGGCGUACGGCGUGCUGGGCGACGACGACGACAGCGACGACGACGCGCUGAACGAGGGCGGGGACCCCGACCUCCCCAGCCGCGCGGAGAUCUUCGAGACCUCGCGCCGGCUCUUUGGCGCAGGGGCGUUCGCGCCCGCCCCGGACGACCCCACCCCCCUCGCCUCGACGUCUGCGCCUGCCGCUCGCGCGCCGGAGCCGCGCUCACCGACGGCGGCGGACGCAGACGCGGCGGCGGACCUCUCCCUCGACACGGACGACGGCGAGGAGUCGUUCGCGGCGCUCGACCUCUCGCGCGUGUUCAGCGUGCUGCAGGGCAUGAAGGACGAGAUCGCGGGCAUGGACGACGAGGACGAGCGGCGGCGGGCGGCCGCGCGCGUCGCGCUCGGGCUCGUCUACGGUCUUGGCGGACCCGGGACUGGGGGCAGGGCGGGGAGCACGACAGGCGUUGCGGGGGAGGAGGCGGGCGCGGCGUGA